GCAUUCUAAUAAACGUGUUUUUUAUUGUAGAAAUUCGUUUAUCUUAUGGACAAGGCUCGUAUAUUUGUAAGGCACGCUGUAAAUUUGCUUUUCUUUGUACUAUUUCCUCAGUUUCUAUAUUAUUUUGAAAAUCUGACAACAUUGUUUAUAUCUAACCUAAUAUCGAUUUUUGUAAGGUAAGAUCUACAAUCUACAACCAAUACGUUUGUUGAAAUAUGUCAUUACAACCUUUCAAAAACGUCAUUCGAAUUCAUGUUUUCAAAAUUCCAGUGAAAAAUAAUGUUUACAAUAGCUGUGGUACCGAUACUUACACGAAUUUUAAUAAAAAACCAAAGAAAUUUCACCAAAAAUUCCAAUAAAAGAAAUUAUAGUCAUAAAGAAAAUAAUAAAUGUACCAAGCCAGACGUUCAUGUUUGUACCAUUUCUGAAUGUAUGGUGGAUCCUUGUAAACCAGAACCAUCUGUGGUAAUCGUAGGUGCUGGGAUAGCUGGGCUAUCAGCUGCUCAGAGACUUGUUCAAUGUGGUAUCAGCAACUUUACUGUGCUAGAAGCAACUGACAGACCUGGUGGAAGGAUCCAUUCCUGUUGGCUUGGCGAUGUCAUCGCCGAAUUGGGCUGUGCAAAUAUUUCAGGAGCUUGCGUCGCCAAUCCGGUUUUCAAUCUAGCAGCACAAGAAGGUCUGUUAAAACCGCCUUUGAAUCCAGUGAAUCCAUGUAAAGGACUUUAUUGUACCAGCGAAGGACGUGCUAUAGAUUUCGCAACCUCUAUGGUAGCCUACCAUACUUUCAAAGCCUUACAACAGGAAGCUAAUAGUUUGUUUAACAUGGGAAGCGGAAAGGAACACGGAUCAUUGAGAAAUUUUUUAUAUUUGAGGAUCCAACAGGAGAUUCAAAAAUUUCCGGAACAGCAACGUUACGAUGUUUCCAGAAUACUUUAUGGAUUGACUAACAAUUUGAGAUACGAAGUGGGAGAUGACUUGAAUAAUGUUAGCGCCGAUAAUAUUGGUAGUUUAGUUGAAAUACCUGGUGGAAAAAUUGGAGUACCUUUCGGAUUCGUCGGAGUAUUGAGUCCUUUGUUAAAAGAUCUCCCCGAAUGUUGUUUGAAAUUCAACAAACCGGUGGGUCUAAUCAGAUGGGGAGCGGUCCAAGGAAGAAGUAAAGGACCUAGAGCGAUUGUUCAAUGUUGUGAUAGCGAAGAAUUUUGCGCAGACUAUGUCAUAAUUACCGUUUCGUUGGGAGUAUUGAAAGAACACGGAGAAAAAUUAUUUUGUCCGGCUCUACCGUCACCUAAAGUAGACGCUAUUCAUUCGCUUGGUUAUGGUAACGUUGAUAAGAUAUUCUUGGAUUACGAUCGGCCAUUUUGGGUAUGGUCGAACGGUACUAUUAAAUUCGCGUGGUCUCAAAACGAACUUGCCCACCGAACUGAUUGGACGAAAGGUAUAAGCGUCAUAGAAGAAGUCGAAGGUAGCAAACACGUACUUUGCGCUUACAUUAGCGGACCGGAAGCUGUUGUAAUGGAACAUGCUACAGAUGAAGAAGUCGCCGAAGGAAUAACGAAAUUACUCAGAAAAUUUACCGGUGAUGCUUCUUUACCUUAUCCCUCGACUAUUUUGAGAUCCAAAUGGUCUUCUGAUCCAUAUUUCUGCGGUGCUAAAAGUUAUAUGAAUUUGAAAUCGAAUAUAGGGCAUCAGUGUGAUCUAAGUAGUCCCGUACCAGGUACAUGUGAUCCCGUACCGCCGAUUUUACUUUUCGCAGGUGAAGCAACGUGUGCCGGACACCAUUCAACCGUCCACGGAGCUCGAUUGAGCGGUAUAAGGGAAGCGGAAAGGGUGAUACAACUUACCAAACAAUAUGGCGGACCUCCUCCUGGCGAAUGUAACUAAAACUACGAUUGGUUGUUGUUUUUAAAUUUUGCUUUAUUGUAUACGAUAUUUAACAACACUUUUAUAUACGUCCUGUAAAUAUUUUAGGUAACAAUUUAUAAAAUAUAUUAAAUUAUAUUAAAAAAUCUAGUUUUUGUAAGACUUUGACAAAAUAUGUAGUUUUUAAACGCGAAGAAUUUUAUACAACACUGUUUAAAGAAACUAAGAAUAGAAAUAAUUACAAAAACUUGUUAAUUUUGUCUUUAACUUAGUAAAGAAAUUAACAAAUCGAAUGAAAAGAGUUUUUAACUAAUUUACGAGUGUAAAAUGAAAUUUCGUUCCCAAAUUAAAAUAUUUUUCUCUUAUACAAUAUUGAACAUUUAUUAACAAGAUGAUUUGGUGCGAAUCAUUUACAGAGGGAAAUUUCUACAAACAUUUAGGUGAUUUCUCAUCUUUUUUGUACAUUUUUUUAUUCAUUGGGACAUAUUUAUUUAUGAAAAAAUAUCCGUACUUUAUAUAUUUUUUAUACAAAAUGCAUUUUUUUGUAUAGUGUACCUAUUUGGCCCCUAAAUGAGGUCUGGCUAUUAAAUAACGAGAUUAGUUAUGAAAAAUGGGUUUUAUUAUAAAAAUUCUUCUACAUUCGAAUGCUCCCCCUCAAUAUACUCCCCUUCUCACGCCGCACACUUUUCCAUACGUUUUUUCCAUUGAUCAAAGCAGUGCCGAAAGUCUUCUUUGGUGAUGGCCUUUAGGAGCUAUGCCGUUUUUUUCUUUACCGUUUCCAUCGAACCAAAUCGGAUCCUUUUCCAAGCAGAUUUUGUCUUCGAAAACAAAAAAGAGUCUUACGGUGCCAAAUCUGGUGAAUACGGCGGGUGUUCGAGCACUGAUAGCGCGUUAUGGGCACGUGCGUUGUCCUGGUGCAAAAUCAACGAGUUGGGCCGUAUUUUACUAACUUUUUAUCGCAGUAUUGCCAAAUAGUAAGUCUAGUUGACAGUCUGAUCCUCUGUAGCCCAUUCAUUUAUCAAGAUACCGUUAAUUUCGAAAAAAAAACGAUCAACAUUGCUUUGAAUUUUGAUUUGCUCUAUCGGCCAUCACUAAAGCACUUACACCGCUCAAAAACACGCUCACGAGAUAGAGAAUUGUGCACAUAGGCCUCUUGUAAUAAUUUAUAGUACUCAGUCGGAGAUUUUUUCAAUUUAACGAGAAAUAUGUUUUUCGUCACACGUGGUUUUCGGCUCGAGAAAAAAACUCGUUAUUUAAUAACCAGAUACAUUUUUUACAGAAACAAACCUUCAGUUUGUCAGUCCAGUACCACCAAAAUGUGAUCCCUUCAGCGAAAUAACCUCAAAUGACAUGAAUUGGCGUGAAUCGACAUCGACAAGACCGUGCAAUAAACAUCGUAAGACAUCGGACAACUUCAAACCAUACUAGGCGUCAAUGGACGUCAAAUCAUAUUUAUAAGGUCAAUUUUCAUUUCAUAAACCAACUAUUAUAAUAAUUAUCAAGAAAUAAUGAGACAAAAUUAUUAAAUAAAUGAAAUUAUUGAUAUUUUUCUUUUUUUAUUUUCCAUGACAUAGUCUCUCGCGAAGACUUUUUGACUUGUUUAAAGUUUAUGUUUUUCAACAAGAAACUUAUUGCAUCAAAUUACAGCCUGUACUAAUCAUUAUCGACCUUCGAGUAUCCCUUAAACUAAUUAGUCCCAUUAUCUACCGGUCGUAAUUAUUUUUUUAUUGUUUAUAAUAAUUAAAAUUUGUUUACGACAUUUUCAAAUUGCGAGAGGUGGUAAGAGCAGCUUCUUGUUUCCAGUGAUUUUGAAAAAAAAUCAUUCACAUAGAUACUCCACGUACAUUAAAGAGUUACAGAGUUGGAGUUCGAAACGUAUUCAAAAUUAUUAAUUGAAAUGAAUAUUUUCAAAAUCAAAAGCUUAAGAGAAAUGGACAAAUAACUGUUGCUAUCUAACGUUUCACCAAAUUGUAUGCCUGGUAUCUUCAAAAUUUGCUUGUUUCUUCGACUGAUUCUAAUUUCUGAAGAUGCCCAGUACAACAGAACAUACAAAUAAUGGACGACGGCUGCGAAAGCCUGUCAGAAUUAACCUGUCGAUUAUUUCCUGUGGGAAUUUGGUUUUGAUUUUUGUUUUGGCUCUCAAAAACAAGGAAUACGUUGACAACAAAUGCGUUCAUUCCAUUGAAAAGUUAAUAGUUACCAAUAUACGUGAAUUUCCCUCUAUGGUCAAAAUAUAAAGUAAAACGAGAGCCAUCUUCAAACCUAACCUUAAAAAAAUACAUUUCCUUCCACAUUACUUUUGUUAAAACACUCCAAUAAAUAGUUGGGUUAAAAAUCAAAAUACUGUCAAGUUUUUAAUGUUUGAAUAUACACAACCGAUACUAUUUUUUCACAUCUUUCGACAUUUUUGAAUAAUUCGUUCCUUGAAGUAUAUUAAGGGGGCUCCGCGCGAAAUUUAUGCAAAAUAUCUAUUUUUUGAUAGUGUAGAAUAUGACGAAUCCAAUGGUAACCUUCUUUAUAUGAGUUAUCGAUCCAAAUCUAAAGAAAUUUAAGUUCGCUUCUUCAACAUGAGUUCUUAUGGAACACAUAGUUAAAUUAUUUAGUUACAAAUUAAAUCAGAAUUGUCGUGAUAUAUUUUCAUUAAGACAGAAUUAUUUAAAAAAAAAAACUAAUUUUAAAACAGAAGAGACCUAAAAUCAACAACAUUUAGAAGCAUAAAUAUACGAUUAUAUAAAUUUUAUUGGCAAGAAAUUUUUCUAAUGGCG